AUGCUUUCUGAAGCUGCUGGAACUCUCAUACACAUUAUAUCAUCACGCUACUCGAGGCAACCUGAUUUGGUGAUUAAGCAUGAGCUGAUGCAAGUUCUUUUAAACCUUUUGGACACAUAUAGUGUUUGUGAGAAGGCUGUGGAGGAAUUGCGAAAAGUUGCUUCCCACCCUGUGAAUCGUAAUUAUGCUUUUCGGCAUGGGGCUUUGGAUACUUUGCUGAAUAAGUUGGACACUACCAAUGUUUCAAUGAUGAGAAAACACUUUUUGACUAUAUCAAAGUUUUGUGGAGGCAUAAUACAACCUCUUUUUAAUAAGGUGAGACCAGCAAUUAAAGCUUUUUGUAACCUUGUCUAUGCAAAUGAUGAUAAAGAGGUGCUAAGUAAUGCAUGCAAGGCGCUUUCUUACCUUACUAGUACAUUAGAUUUGUCCUUCAGUAACAGUAGUAGUAUUUGGGGUGUAGAAAAAUGCGAUUUUAUUGAUGAUGUAAGCGAGAGUGAGGUUGUUGAUGCCUUCCAUGAGGCGGAUGUUCUUUUGGUGCUGCUUAAACUCAUCAACAAAUAUAGCACUCCUUCAAUAAUCGCCCCUGCCAUCCGUACUGUUCUAUCUAUUAGUACAGAUGAUGACAAAAAGAGGAUUUGCAUACCUGAGACGGAUCCGGCCAGUGUCAAAAUAGAUCCAAAGACCAGGAAGGAGUACAAUGAAGCUGAUAGGAAGGCUGUAAAAAAGAAUUACAAAACAAAGAAAAUUCUUAUUUGCGGUAUUAGACCAGAUGAGUACAAUCGUAUCUUGUCAUGCCAAUCUGCAAAGGAGAUCUGGGAUGCUCUUCAAGAUGCUCAUGAGGGAACUAGCAAGUGA